AUGAAGAUCCUAGGAUUUACCCUACUCCUACUGCAGGCCAUGCUCGUCUGCGUUCAAGCUACCACCCCGCGCAACCUGGAAAAAUUUACCAUUGCAUCCGGAAGCGUCACGCACAGCUUAGACCCCAGCCAAGCGCAUGACAAAGAAACUCGAACCAUCGACGAAGAUAUCGAACUCGACCCUAGCAGCCUCAUUCCGGCCAUUGCGCCUGAGGAUCUUGACCGCGGAAAUUCCACCAAUCGAACUCAUGCUCGAGAUCUCUCCAAGCGUCGUCGCUCGUGCCCUAUCGGUCUACCGUGGUUUUUGCCAGACUACCAGUCUCAGAAGCUUAUUGUGGAUAUUCUUAUGAUACAGGAGUGA